AUGGCACAGGUGAGUAAACAAGGUCCGUUCACAGACGUUGUGACCACCACACUGAAACUGAGUAACCCGUCGGACAAGAAAGUGUGUUUCAAAGUGAAGACCACAGCUCCGCGCCGAUACUGUGUACGGCCCAACAGUGGCAUGCUCGAGGUCGGGGGCAGCAUCAACAUCUCAGUAAUGUUGCAGCCGUUCGAUUAUGAUCCCAACGAGAAAAACAAACACAAAUUCAUGGUUCAGACAAUUUUUGCUCCAGCGGCCAUCACCGACAUGGACUUGUUGUGGAAAGAAGCCAAACCCGACGACCUCAUGGAUUCCAAACUGAGAUGCGUGUUCGAGAUGCCUUCUGAAAUCGAAAAAGUGAAUGACGUGGAGUCCCUGAAAGCGUCUCCGGGAGUGAACUCGCUGAAGUCUGAGUCUGUGGCUCCAGCAGCCGUGAGUGGCGAGGACGGAGAGGUCAAGAAGGUCCAGGAGAAAUACAAGAGAUUACAGCAGGAGCACGGCAAGAUGAGCGAGGAGAUCCGGCAACUAAAGGAGGACAAUGCGCGGAUGAGGAAGCUGCAGCGGGCCGACCACAUGAGCUCUAACUCCACCGGGCUCCUGGCCGGCCAGGCCAGCGUCACCUCCCUGCCCUCCCUGUGUGUCGUCAUCGCUGCCAUCUUCAUCGGCUUUUUCAUGGGGAAGUUCGUCUUGUAA